AUGCAUUUUGAGAACAGCCAAGAGUUAAUUUUGAGCCAAGUAUUAGAAACCGCUCCACAAAAAGAUGUAAGUACUCGUCAAGAACAGGAGUCAAAGCAACUGCCAAACUUUUGGAGCUGGAUCCCCCUGCCAACGAAUGCAAGUUUGUGCAAGAGACAAAGAGAAAUGAAAAUUUCGACACAAAGCUCUUUGAGAUCUGUAUUACCAGUCUGCAUGAAGUCUAAUGGAAGACAAACCAUGAAUUUGGUAAAGUCAAGCCUUCCAUUCAAAUUGGAAAGAGCAGCUCUCUGGUGUGUGAAUAUCUGGUCAGGGUUUAUGUUUUACGAUCACACACCCCAUUUUUAG